AUGUCUGCCGCUGCUAACUCGUACCCGUCAGCGGAUCGGAACUCAGCAAGCUUCCAUGACACCCUCUGGGGCGACAGCUUCCUCAACAAAGUUGAUGAGUCCCUCCACGUCCAGCAGGGCCAAAGCGAAUAUGAAGCUUUGAAGGAAGAGGCGAGGAAGAUGUUGACACCCGACGGGAGUAUAGAUCAUGCUACUGAUGACGGCAGCAACAAGCGAAGAACUGCCGACAAGCUGCGCUUGAUAGAUGCAAUUCAACAGCUAGGUGUCGGAUAUCACUUCGAAACAGAGAUCGACAAAGCACUUGAGGAAGUGCAGGCUCUCGGAGACAAAUUAUUCAUUGUGGAUGGUGACAUUACUGAUCUUUACCACGAGGCUCUUCGAUUUCGACUCCUCAGACAACAAGGACUUCUUGUUUCUUCCGAUGGGUUCAAAACAUUGAAGGACGAUGAAGGGAGUUUCAAAGCUUCAUUGGCGUCAGACGAGCAAGGCCUGUUGAGUUUGUAUGAGGCAGCACAUGUGGCUUUGAAUGGAGAAGGAAUAUUGGACGAAGCUCUGACAUUCGCAACAAAGACCCUCAAGUCCAUCCUCCCACACCAGAGCCCUUCAUUCCACAAGCAAAUCCAAUUCGCCCUCCGCCUUCCAAUCUGGAAAUGUGUCCCCAGGUCGCUUACUAGACACUACAUCGAUAUCUACUCGGAGGACGCCUCCCACAAUGAAAAACUCCUCAUGUUCGCUAAGUUGGACUUCAACAUGCUGCAGAACGACCAUCAGCAAGAACUCCGCGAAGUUUCAAGGUGGUGGGAAAGUCUUAACGUGACGGUCAACUUUCCAUAUGCACGAGAUAGAGUUGUUGAGUGCUACUACUGGAUUUAUGCGGUAUACUUCGAGCCCAAAUAUCACUUGGCAAGGAUGAUAAUCGUCAAGAUCAUAUCAUUGUUGUCACUAUUGGACGACACUUAUGAUAACUUUGGUACACAUAAUGAAGUUGAGAUUCUGACCGCAGCUAUUCAGAGGUUCAACGUGAGUGCCCUUGAAGAGCUACCUGAGGCAAUGAAGAACAUGUACCGUCUGAUCUUAAACGUGUAUGAUGAAAUCGAAAUGGAACUCGCAAAAGCGGGACCAACUUUUGCAGUUGAUUACGCUAGGGAAGAGCUGAAGAAAUUGUGUCGCUCCCACUUGACUGAGAUCCAAUGGCGCACCAAAGGCCAUGCUCCAACGCUAGAGGAGUACAAGGCCUUCGCGUAUAUUACCAGUUGUUGCCCCAUCCUCUGCACUUCUGCUUUCAUCGGCAUGGGAACAGAAAUAGCCACCAAAGAGGCCUUUCAAUGGGUUACCAAUGAAUCCAAUAAGAUGGUUAGAGCCGGCUCUAUCAUUUUUAGGCUUCAGAAUGACAUCGUUUCUCACAAGUUUGAGCAAAACCGAAAGCAUGCAGCUUCAGCUGUCGAAUGCUAUGUAAACGAGCAUAUGACAUUAGAGGAGGAAGCUGUUGAAUUUCUUUGGGCGGAGAUUUCUAAAGCGUGGAAGGACAUUGCCGAAGAAUGUCAAAAGCCAACAUUAUUGUCAGUAGCCCUCACAGAUCGUGUUCUCAACUUCGCACGCUCCAUUAGUGUCAUAUACGAAAAGGAAGAUGGCUACACAAAUUCCUACCUCUUGAAAGCCCACCUCGGUUCAUUAUUUGUUGAUCCUAUUCCUCUUUGA